AUGAGGUAUUGUCUGGAUGGCGAUCUCUCUGAGCUGAAUUAUAUCACGUUUGUGAACCGACAUCGCAAGCGCCUCGCUGGGAAGGAUCCCACUGUAAAAGUCGAUGUCGAUGCUCUGGUGCCACUUUUCGAGCGGCCGUGGUUCACAAGACUGUGGGUAUGUAAAUUACCCGACGGGGCCGAUGCUUUGAGCCUGAUCUGGAACUACGUGGACAAAGUCUACGGCCGUGGAUCACAGCAGGCUGCCACAAGUCCGAUGGAGCUGCUAUCAAACCUUUCGAAUUUUCAAGCAAGCGACCCGAGAGACUAUGUCUACGGCGUUUACGGCUUAUACAAGUAUUUCUCCGCUGGCACUAGCCACGUACUCUAUCCAGACUACACCAAAGAUACCGUGGAAUUCUUUCGUGACGCUACGAGGGCUGCGCUCAUGGAGGAUGGAUCCUUGUUAGUCUUCAAUUUUACUGGCUGUCUCCCUUUGGUUUGUGGAGCUGAUUGUAAAUACUGGAAGCAAUGUCCCACCUGGGUGCCAUUAUGGGACCAUUCUUCUGGUUGUGGCCGUGCGUGCGCGCCCCAGCCGUUCAAGACCAUGAAUUGUAACGGCAUGAAGGGCGACAUCAUAUGGCCAGCUGAGCCUUACCUAUGGGAUCUCAAUGUGCUUUCAGUGUUGGGUUUGUGUGUUGGUGCCACGAAGUCAGUGCUCAAUGGCCAAUCUCCAGAUAUGUACACUUCAACAGACGACAUCGAACUCUGUAAUAGUAUCGCCCUUGUCCUGGGAGAUAUGGGUCGAUGUCCUUCGGAAGUCGAACGAAUGACUAGCUUGACACUUGUUGCGGGUCAUGACCACCUCGUUUUACCAAUGCUCCACGACACGGCCAAAGAGAACUUCAAGGCCUGGAGACAAUAUCUUCAGGAACACGGAGAUUGGCCUCCCGACUCGGCUGCCACGCCAUGGCUGCAUGGUGAGCAGGGGCCAGAGCGAAGACCCCUGGAAUACAACAGAGCUUUCGGCGUAGCCCUUUCCGAUCGUGUCAUCUUCCUCACGGAACAAGGGCAGCUUGGGCUGGGUCCAAUGUCGAUGUCAACUGGUGACAUCCUUGCUAUUCUUUGGGGCUGCCCUUGGCCUGUGGUUCUUCGACCUUUACAGGACUCUGACGAAUUCAGUCUUGUCGGCGUAGCCUACGUAUAUGGCAUAAUGUCGGGUGAAGCGAUCGAGGAAGAUGGCCAGGGUAAUGUGAAGGGAGAAGAGGUGUUCCACAUACGGUGA